CGGAACCCAGAUGCGAUCUCACCACCGCGCGCGCCCUUUCUCCUGCUGCUGCGCGCGCGUUCACGCCUGCUGCUCGCCCGCUCUCACGGCUCACGCGAGCUGAGAAAUCAGAAUACUCCAACCAUCUACACUGAGAGAUGACCUGAGGAACAACCGAGAAACCAUCGCGGCUCAACGGACGACUGUCCAGCACCAAAACCUCGCGGCAUUUCUCUUUCUGUGGAAGCGAAAGGAGCGGGACGAACAACAGUUUUCGCGUUAAAUACGCCAGAGUUUGUGCAUUUUCGCUGUACGCUGUGAUAUUUCCCACAAGAAGUUUUAAAAACAAGUUUGGACCGGAUUCUGUUUGGAGUUGGACGUUAUUUUGUUCACAUCCCGCCUGGUGCGCGAGCGCUUGUGAGGCGCAAUCUACUGAAGACAAGAAAACAUGGAUUUAUUCCUUAUUUUAACGGUAAAACUUUGAUAAACAGUUCGAAAUUGCGUGUAACAGCUGCUUUGCAAUCUUGUCCAGCAUUUCUUGUUUAGGAAAAUAUCUAUUGUAGUCCUGAGAGACACUUUUUUUUGUUUUGUUGUUGUUGCUGUGACAGGAUGCGUUUACAGAGCCAAAUAUGUCAGUCCAUGAUGAAGAAGAGGAAACUCAUCUGAUUCUCUGAGGGGAAAACACAUCUAAAUCAUAUUCUAACAUAUUACUGUACGUUAUUUCUUCGAGUUCUCCUUUAAUUUAGCUUGAUAAUUGGAUUAUUUCGUUAUACAAAGUCCUGUAUAGCUGUAUAGUGGAGAGCACUCUGCUGGAUUUAAUUCGUAUAAAAAAGUUGUUAAGCGUAUAUCAUUGCUAAGAGCAUUCUCACGCAAUUGACCUUAGGCUGUUUAGUGCCCUUUGGACUGCAGAGGAACUGGGAAAAUUUCACGUCAGCUUUAUCUUGGUACGUGCGCCAGGCUGCCAGAUAUAUAGUUUUUAUUUUUGCCAAUAUUCUGCAUUGUUCCUGUCAAUAUGGAGGAGUGGAGACAGUGCGGUCGCUGGUUGAUAGACUGUAAGGUUUUGCCCCCCAACCAUCGGGUCGUUUGGCCCUCAGCGGUGGUGUUCGACCUGGCCCAGGCGCUCAGAGAUGGGGUGCUCCUGUGCCAGAUGCUGCACAAUCUGUCUCCUGGAUCCGUGGACCUAAAGCAGAUCAACUUCAGGCCUCAGAUGUCACAGUUUCUGUGUCUGAAGAACAUCCGAACAUUCCUGAAAGUGUGCCAUGAUAAGUUUGGCCUGAGGAACAGUGAGCUGUUUGAUCCCUUCGAUCUCUUUGACGUGAGGGACUUUGGGAAGGUCUUUCAAACAGAUGGCUCAUCCCCACAUCUCUCACUAAACUCGCCAGAGCACUCCUGUCAGUGCGCUGAUGUUUUAUGCCCUCCAUCCAAUCAGCCCGUAGGACGCAUCCUUACGACAAUCACAGAUGGACCCAGAUUCUCCUUACUGUUCCAUUUUCAUCAUUACUCAUAA